AUGGAUUUUAUAUUCCAGGCCUCGAAGGCUAAUGUGGCUUCCAUGGUUGCUUGGAUAUCAUUUCUGAUUAUAUCUACCCUGCUAGGACGAGUCUUUUAUCGGUUAUAUUUUCACCCUCUUAGAAAUAUUCCAGGCCCAAAGCUGGCAGCGAGUACAAAACUAUGUUACCUCUAUUGGACCAACUCAGGUCGCCUUCAUUAUAAGGUCAAGGAACUGCAUGAUCAAUACGGCGACGUGGUACGCAUUGCGCCCAAUUUCCUUGUAUACAAGGCUCCGCCUGCAUGGAAGGAUAUCUAUGGACACCGCAAACAUGGCGACGGUUCUUUCCUCAAAGACCCGCAAUUCUAUAUCCCCACUCCCAGUGGUCAUAGUCUGAUAGGUUCGAAUGAUGCUGAUCAUUCACGGGAAAGACGCCUUCUUUCGCAUGCUUUCUCGGAAAAAUCCUUGAGAGAACAAGAGUCACUUGUGCAAUCCUAUGUGGAUUUACUCAUCAAUGGGCUCUAUAACGAGAUAGAAGCUUCCAGGGAAACAGUCGACCUGACCAAAUGGUACAACUUCACCACAUUCGAUAUCAUUGGGGAUUUGGUAUUUGGGGAGCCCUUCAACUGUCUCCGUGAUAACCGCUACCAUCCAUGGGUUUCAAUUGUUUUUGGGGGCAUGAAAUCCAGCACCAUUUUGAGGGGUGCCAGCCUUUAUGGUUGCCUGGCUCCAAUUAUCAAAAGUCUGAUCCCCAAGAGUGUACUGCAAAAGAGGAUGGAGCACCAUCGAAUGACCCAGGAUAAGCUCAAUCGUCGUCUGGAAAUGAAAACCACCAGGCCGGACUUUAUGACAUAUGUCCUCAGAUAUAAUGAUGAAAGGGGGAUGACACAGCGAGAACUUGAGGCGAAUUCGAGCCUCCUCAUCAUUGCUGGUAGCGAAACAACAGCUACAUUGCUGUCUGGCUGCACAUUUUAUCUUCUGAGACAUCCUGAAAUCCACAAGAAGUUGAUCAACGAGGUCCGAGGGUCAUUUCAGACCCAAGAAGAAAUCAAUUUCCUUUCUGUUGCAAAGCUUUCUUAUAUGAACUGUGUCCUUGAGGAGAGCUUACGUAUGUACCCUCCCGUGCCCGGUGUACUUCCCAGACGAGUCCCAGAUGGUGGUGCGAUGAUUGAUGGUGAAUUCAUUCCUGAGGGAACUUCUGUGUCAAUGGGAUACUAUUCCGCCUUUCGAGCAGAAUCCAAUUUCGCCGAACCCGACUCUUUCAUCCCCGAACGUUGGUCUGAAAAUAAAGAUCCAGCAUUCGCAUCCGAUAAUAAGGAAGUCUUGCAACCAUUCUCUUAUGGACCUCGUAAUUGCCUUGGGAAAAACCUGGCUUACGCAGAAAUGCGUCUAAUCAUGGCCAAGGUUCUGUGGAAUUUUGACUUGAGCCUUGAUAGUGACAGCUACAACUGGGAUAUCCAGCCUUCAUAUACCAUUUGGCAAAAGCAUCCUUUGAAUGUUAAGCUGACACCGGUUCAGCGUUGA